UGAUUUAACGGAUGAUUCCCAAAAAAUACUUUCAAAUGAGACAAUUUAUUUUCAGGGUGAAAAAACAACUUUAAGUACAUUAAUGACAGACGAGUCAAAACAUGUAGUAGAUGAAGGAACAUUAUCGAAACUUAUCAACAAAGAAACGAUAGAAAUAGGUGAAAGACUCUCCGAUUUAGGUGAUAUUGAAAACUACUACAUCAAUCGAAUUUUCACACAGUCUACGAUUAAGAAAGAUAUUAAAAAUGAAUAUAAAAUGCAUAUAACUUAUAACGAUAGAAUUCAGAAAUCCAGCCUUAAUGGAGAUCAAGACAUUGUGCUGAUUUCUGACGAAAGAGGAGGAUUUGAUGAACUGUGUAAUGCAUAUAAAAAUCGAAAUAUUCAUUGGCUCAAAGAAGUAGAGAGCCAAUUCGUAUGGCAAAAAUCUCGAGGUGGACUCUCAAGAUUACGUGAUUAUAUAGAUACAAAAAGUGUAUCUAAAUUUCGUGACAUAGGUGGACGUAUAGUAAUUAUAAGUGCAGUAUCUGGUGCGGGAAAAUCUACGGUUCUGACUAAAUUAGCGCAAGAGAUGAAAAACUUCGAUUCUUCUAUGUGGAUUGUUAGAAUUAACUUGAAUGACUAUACAGAAAUAUUUGCAAACAAUGACUUCAUAAGAGACAAGGACAAAAUUAUUAAAUUUAUAAUGGACAUAGCUGGCUUAAAAACCCCUCUGGAGCAAGAUUUAUUUAACUAUAGACUGAACGUUUUAGGUAAAGUGGCUAUAUUAUUUGAUGGAUUUGAUGAGAUCGUUCCUAGAUACAAAGAAAAAGUUGUUGAACUACUAAAGGCUUUAAAACAUUCAAAAGUAGAGAAAAUCUGGAUAACUACACGGCCACACAUGAAAGAUGAACUAGAAGAUGUAUUAAGUGUACUUUCAUAUAGUCUAAUGCCACUAUCUAGAAACGAUCAGGUGAUGUUCAUGAAAAACAUUUUGUGUAAUAUUCCGGAAUUUAGCAUCAAAGAGAACUUUGAGCGUUACGCUAACAAACUACUAGACAAAGUUCAAUGGAUCAUCUCCGAUAAAAAUAAAGAAUUUACAGGAAUACCAUUACAAACAAAAAUGCUGGUUGAAGCUUAUCAAGAAAAAUUUAAAACCAUUAAUGAUCUGUUCAACAAGAAUGAAUCAAAUAUAUCGAUAAAACUAGAUCUGAUGAACUUAUAUAGAGCCUUUGUUGUAAGCAAGUAUAAAAGACAUCUUUUAGAAAAAAAGAUAUUGGAUCUAACAAAGUCAGGUCCAGAGUAUGAUUUGCUACUCGAAUCCAUCAUGGAAAAAUAUUCCUUGUUAGCUUUGUGUACAAUUUUCCAUGUGAAAGAUUUAAAUCUGUUUCUGGUUGAAGAAGAAUUGGAUAAAAUAAAAUUAUUCAAGAAACAGAUACAAGAAGGUAAAGAAAAUUCAGGUUUCAUUAGUCAUAUUGUUGCUGCCAAACCAAUAUUCAUUCACUUCAGCUUUGCUGAAUAUUUUGCUGCACUUUUUUAUUCCAAGAACAUAAAAAGAAAAAAAGUAACUAAAUUUUUUUGUGAUUAUGUUUAUGGAAAAGAAUAUAAUUUAACUAGCAUUUUUUUCGAUCAAAUGGUAACUAUUGAUGAACAUACCUGUAAGAUUUACACAUUGCACAUCGCAGUUUUAAACAAUGAUGUAGAAAAAGUAAAGCAAUUAUUAUCAAAUGCAGAAAAAGCAAAACAUUUUAUUAAUGCUGCAGAUAAAGUAGGAAGGACUGCGCUGCAUUUAGCUGCUGCAUAUGGGCAUUUUUAUUUGGUUCGGACUUUAUUGAAUCACGAAUUUAGAGUAGAUGCUGAGGAUCAACUACUUGGUUGGAGGCCUUUAAGAUAUGCAGAUAAAGACGGUCAUUGGGAAACUGUUGAAUUACUCCUAAGAAAGGGUGCGAAUGCAUGUGACAUGUAUGAAGCAAUAAAAAGCAUUGAAACUUACGAUGCUGAGAAACCAAAAAAGACUUUAUUACACGAGGCAGCAAAAAAAAAUUUAGUGCAGAUUUUAGAGACUCUCAUAAAAAAUAAAAUAAAGUUGAUCGAGGCUGUUGAUGAAAACGGGUGUACUCCUCUUCAUUAUGCUGCUGGUGAAGAAGUUGCCAAACUUUUAAUCAAACGAGGCGCCUAUAUUGAAGCUACAAGUAUGUAUGGAGAAACACCUCUACACCAUGCCGUUAAGCACGAUGAGGAUAAAGUUGUUGAACGUUUAAUAAAGAAAGGGGCUGAUGUUGAAGCUAAAGGUUAUCACGAUGAAACUCCUUUAUUUUCAGCAGAAAGUAAGAAAGUAUACGAAUUUUUAAUUGCAAAAGGAGCAAAUAUAAAUGCCAAAAAUAGCCUUGGUUAUACCCCUCUGCACAGCGCUCUUAUGAACAGAAAAGAUGAGAUUGUAGAGCUUUUGAUAAAUAAAGGUGCUGAUGUUGAAGCUAAAGAUUAUGAUGAUGAAACUCCUCUAUUUUCAGCUGGUAGUAAAAAGGCAUUCGAGCUUUUAAUAGCAAAAGGCGCUGAUAUAAAUGCUAAAAGUAGUGAAGGUUAUACUCCUUUGCACAGCGCUCUUAUGAAUGGAAAGGAUGAGGUUGUCGAGCUUUUAAUAAAUAAAGGUGCUGAUGUUGAAGCUAAAAGUUAUAAUGAUAUAACUCCUCUAUUUUCAGCUAGUAGUAAGAAGGCAUUCGAGCUUUUAAUUGCAAAAGGCGCUGAUAUAAAUGCUAAAAGUUGUGAAGGUUAUACUCCUUUGCACAGAGCUCUUAUGAAUAGAGAGGAUGAGGUUGUCGAGCUUUUAAUAAAUAAAGGUGCUGAUGUUGAAGCUAAAGGUUAUAAUGAUAAAACUCCUCUAUUUUUAGCUGGUAGUAAGAAGGCAUUCGAGCUUUUAAUAGCAAAAGGCGCUGAUAUAAAUGCUAAAAGUAGUGAAGGUUAUACUCCUUUGCACAGCGCUCUUAUGAAUAGAAAGGAUGAGGUUGUCGAGCUUUUAAUCAAUAAAGGUGUUGAUGUUGAAGCUAAAGGUUAUAAUGAUAGAACUCCUCUAUUUUCAGCUGGUAGUAAAAAGGCAUUCGAGCUUUUAAUUGCAAAAGGUGCUGAUAUAAAUGCUAAAAGUAGUGAAGGUUAUACUCCUUUGCAUAGCGCUCUUAUGAAUAGAAAGGAUGAGGUUGUUGAGCUUCUAAUAAAAAAAGGCGCUAAAAUUGAAGCUAAAGAUUACUUUGGAAGAACACCUCUUUUUUAUGCCAGAAAUACGAGAGUAUGUGAGAGUUUAAUUGCAAACGGAGCAGAUGUUAAUGUUAUUAGUAACGGAGGUUAUACGCCAGUGGACUGCGCUGUUAUAAAUAAGAGGCACGAAGUUGCCAAGCUUUUGGCAAAACAAUGCUCUCAUAUGAGACUUCAGAAUAGUUAGAAUGAAGAUACAAGGCAAUUAUAUGCUGAAUAUGGAUAUCAGAAAAUUGUUCAUUUGCUAUUUAGGAGGAGGAUGCCUCAGCUGAACUCUUUCAAGGUUUUGUCUUCAAACUCUUCAAGAUUGUCUUCGAACUCUUUCAAGGUUUUGUCUUGUGAAAUUCCAGAUUUCAGUUAUCUUAUCUGAACAAAAUUUGAUCUAUUCUGGUGCAAUGUAUUCAAUUACACAUAUAUUUUAAUAAAAUGUUUGUAGUGGCUGCUAAAAUAUUUUGUUAAAAUUCUGAUUUCAAUUAUUUAAUCUGAACAAAAUUCCGUUGAUUGUGUUGCAAUGUUGCUAAAUAUAUACAUAUUAAAAAAAUCGUAAUGACUGCUAAAAUAUUUAGUGGAAAUCCAGAUUUCCGUUAUCUUACCUGAACAAAAUUUGAUCUAUUAUUGUGCAGCCCAUUCAAUUAAACAAACAUUUUAAUAAAAUUUCUGUAGUGGCCGUUAAAAUAUUUUGUGAAAUCCUGAUUUCAAUUAUUUUAUCUGAACAAACUUUGAUGGAUUAUGAUGCAAACACACAUAUUAAAUAAUAUGUUACUAAAGACACAUAUAUUAAAAAAUUUGUAAUGUCUGUAAAAAUAUUUUGUGAAAUCCAGAUUUCAGUUGUCUUAUCUGAACAAACUCUAAACUGUUGGGAUGCAACGUAUUCAAUUGCACAUACAUUUUAAUAAAACGAAUAAAAGUUUUUUUUCAAACAA